CUGAGCACAGUAUGCAAACCACACACACGCACAUCCAAAUGAUCUCUGCCUCACACAUGCACACACACGUUAAAAUAACACCCCACCCCAUUGUGCCCUGCAGCCAGCUGUUUCUGGUUAGACAGCCCGGCCUGCAGUGAAGAGGAGGACCCGGCAUGGAGCAGAAGCUGGAGCAGAAGCUGGAGUUCACUGCCCUCGGUCUCGGUGCUAUAGGGUGGCUGUGUGCGAUUCUGACACGCUGCCUGGCUUUGUGGAACGUAAGCGGCACCGUGGACAACACCACGGCUACUCUUCCUGCUUACUGGGAUGGGGUGUGGUUGGAAUGGGAUCACUGGGAUUUGGCCCACGAUGGCAGCCUGCACUGCUCUUUCUACCGGUCUCUGAUGUCUCUUUCUGGAAGUUUUAGGACGUGGAGAGCUCUCAUUAUGGCGGCUGUUGGAGCUGGUGCUUUCGCGUCAGUGAUCGGAGCAGUGGGGAUGGUGUGGUUCCCUCAGCGAGGCCAGAUCAAAGUGUUUUCUGGUAGUGUCUUUGUUUUGUCUGGGAUCCUGCUGUUGGUUCCCAUAGCUUGGACGUGCCGUCACACCAGCCAGCCACUGGAGGGCGCUGUGGGGCUGAGACGAGACUGGGGGCUUGCGCUCUACCUUGGAUGGAUUUCUUUUGGCUUGAUGCUUGCCAGUGGGCUGUUUCUUACCACCAGAUGCAAAACUGCUCAGAGCCCGGCGGCGCAGACUUCAGACAGCAGGCACCCACAUCUGGAGGAGGAGGCCAACCACCCACUGAGCAGGAUCAACAGGACUACGUUCACACACAGCCAGUACGAGCGCAGAUCGGAGCAUCUCUGAGUCUCUGAGAGGACUGUGGUGUAAUAUUUAACUGAGGAUGAGGGAUUAAACUGGAAAAUCAUCAUACAGCUGAGGAAAGCUUGGCUGGGUUAAAAGCACUGAACGCAGCACUGCAGAGUGAUCUGUCAUGUGGCUAGUGUUAUUGAAGGGAUGUGGGCGGGGCUUUGACUUUGCAAUGUUUUGUUUCACCUCCAGUGAAGAUAACAAACUGUACAUAAUGGAUGGCACUGUUAUAGAGGUCAAAGUUCAAAUGAUACUUUUGGGUGUCCUUUGAUGAAAUUACUGAUACUUCGUUCUGAUAAUACUACGACUGACCCAGUGAUAGUUUUAAUACUUUGUUAGACCUGAAAUGUGAACAAGACAAAACUAUAUACUGUUCCUGUGUGGCACAAAUACAUUUUCCUGUGUAUGUACAGUAAUACAACUUUAUAUGCAUCUGCACAGAAAAACACUGAAGCAUUGAAAAUGAUU